AUGAAAAGCGAAACCCCUGGAAAGUUAGAGGGAGGAGCCUGCUGCCGGGAAGGGGAGGAAGAGAAGAAUGGGGAGACAGAAACAGAGAAGACGAACGCAUCCUCUGCUCCUCAGAGCGGUGACACCCAGGACACCUUAGUCCAAGACAGAGCUGAGAAAGAAGAGGAAAGGAGUGAGUGCCUGCUGUGUGGCGAACGCUUCAGCUGCAAAGUGGGCCUUCGGGCUCACUGGAAGAUCCAUACAGAGGAAAAGCCAUUCAAAUGCUUAGAGUGCGGGAAGAGUUUCACCCGGAGGGAAAAACUGAUCCGGCAUCAAGGGAUCCACACUGGGGAGAAGCCCUUUGCUUGCCUGGAGUGCGGGAAGAGCUUCAGCCGGAGAGAUAAACUAAUCAGGCAUCAAGGGAUCCACACAGGGGAGAGGCCAUACAAAUGUUUGCAGUGUGGGAAGAGUUUCAGAGACAGGACAGACCUCACGUCGCAUCUGAGAAUCCACACAGGGGACAAGCCAUAUAAAUGCCCCGAGUGUGGGAAAAGCUUCAGCCAGAGUUCGUACCUGGCUUCCCAUCGAACCAUCCACAGUGGGGAGAAACCAUAUAAAUGCUUGGAGUGUGGGAAAAGCUUUCUUUGGAACCACAAGCUUCUGUCUCACCAGAGAAUCCACACAGGGGAGAAGCCAUAUCAGUGCUCCAUUUGCGGGAUGAGUUUCAGUCAGAAAGUGUACAUUACUGCGCAUGAAAUAAUGCACACGGGGAAGAACCCCUACGAAUGCUUUGAGUGUGGCAAGAACUUUACCCGCAGCACGACCUUGACAACGCAUCAGAGAAUCCACACCGGCGAGAAACCUUUUAAAUGCUCCGAAUGUGGGAAGGGUUUUGUUAAGAAUUCUGCACUGACACGACAUAAGAGAAUCCACACAGGGGAGAAAACAUACAAACGCCCAAAAUUUGGCGUGCGGUUUUCAGAUAGUUCUGCUCUUACAAAGCACCCACCACUUCUCACAGGGGAGGAACUAUUACAUUCGUUGCCUUCACAACAAGAGAUGACUGAAGGAAAAGGUGAUUCCAGGGACCCUUGGGAGGCACCUUGGGAGGAAAGGAUUGAGAAGGAAGACUUGGCUGAGCCUGAAGCCUGCAGAAGCCAUGAAGGACCUUGGAUGGGGCACAGGAGAGGAUUCUGGGAAGGAACCCUGCCGAAGAUGCAGGCUGAACCAGCUGCCAGCCUGGAUCUACAGCGCCGGAGAUUCAGACGGUUCGGCUACCAGGAGGCAGAGGGUCCACGAGAGGUUUGCAGUCGUCUCCAUGCUUUUUGCAGUCAGUGGCUGAAUCCGGAAAGGCACAGCAAGAAGGAGAUGCUGGACCUGGUGAUCCUGGAGCAGUUCCUGGCCAUCCUGCCCCCGGAGAUGCAAAGCUGGGUCAGGGAAUGCGGGCCGGAGACCAGUUCCCAGGCAGUGGCCCUGGCAGAAGGCUUCCUCCUGAGCCAGGUGGAAAAUGAGAAACUGGAAGGUCAGGAACUGGAGGCUCAUUCAGAUACUGAGAAGAAACUACCCUUUAGGGGGAUCGUACGGGAACAUGACCAAGAUGUUGCCUCUCUGGCAGAAGUUGGAAUGGUGCCAGCUCUAAGGUCCGGAUUUCCUCUUGUUUGCGGUAUGGAAGGAACCUCUUCUUGGCAGCCAGAUCAGGGCCCAGUGUCCUUUGAGGAGGUGGUGGUGUGCUUCACUGAGGAGGAAUGGGCUCUGCUGGAUAGGGGCCAAAGAGCCCUGUAUGGGGAAGUGAUGGAGGAGAAUUAUGAAAUGGUGGCCUCUCUGGGAGUGGGGCGGAGGAGUGAGAAUGAAGGAGACCCAUUCGGAGGUGGCCAAUCAGAAGAGGAGGAAGAGCAGAACAGAGAAAAUGAAGAAACGAAAAGGAAAAAACCUCCUGCUUCUCAGGGUGCUGAUGUCCGCAAAGCCCUAAUUCAAGAGCAAGCUGAUGUAGGAAAGGGACAGAUCCAGUGCCCCGUGUGUGGGAAAUGCUUCAGCGUUCAAUCCAGAUUUAAUAUUCACUGGACAGUUCACACCGGGGAAAAGCCAUUCAGAUGCUCAGAAUGUGGGAAGAGCUUCCGUCAGAGGAACAAACUGACGACACACCAGCGAAUCCACACUGGAGAGAAACCGUAUCUGUGCAUGCAGUGUGGGAAGAGCUUCAGUUGUAACACACACCUUACUCUACAUAAAAGGAUCCACACAGGGGAGAAGCCAUAUAAAUGCCCACAGUGUGGGAAGAGCUUCAGCGUUCGUUCAAACCUUCGGCGACACCAGAGAAUCCACACCGGGGAGAAACCGUAUGAAUGUCCCACAUGCGGCAGGGGUUUUGUGAAUAAUGCUGACCUGACAAGACACCAGAGGAUCCACACAGGAGAGAGACCUUUCAAGUGUGCAGAGUGUGGGAAGAGGUUCAACCAGAGGGAUGAACUGAUUAUUCAUCAAAGAAUCCACACUGGGGAGAAACCUUUCAUUUGCUCAGUGUGUGGAAAGAGGUUUCGUGGGAAGAGUUCGCUUUCUAAACACCAGCAGAUCCACACUGGGGAGAAGCCCUUCAAAUGCUCCGAGUGCGGAAAGAGCUUCCUUAAUAACAGAGGCCUUACAAGGCAUCAGAGAAUCCACACUGGGGAGAAACCUUUUACGUGUUUGGAAUGUAAUAGGAGCUUUUCUGAAAACUCAACCUUAAAGAAACACUUGAGAAUCCACAGUGGGGAGAAGCCUUUUACGUGUUCAGAGUGUAGCAAGAGUUUUUGUGAAAGUUCAGCUUUAAACAAACAUUUAAGAAUUCAUACAGGGGAGAAACCAUAUCAGUGCUCCAGUAAAGAUCAGGCAGUCCUUCCCGCCAUGGGCGCCCCAACGCUAAACAUGCUGAGAGCACUGGAAAGCCGGCAGAGGAGCCACCGGCCUCAGCGCCACUUUCAAGGGGGUUCCUUGAAAGAUCCCCGGGAGCCGGCGCUUUCCCAGCAGGAAGCCUUCCGUCAGAGCCACAGCCUGCGAACUGGUCUCCGGGCGGCAUUCUCUAACCCAGCUUUCGAUCUCUGGUGGAAGGAUGGCCAGGAACUGCUCCAGGAUCACCAGAUCCAAGAUCUGCUUCUUCGUGUGCCUCUCCGGUUUCAGCCACCGACAACACAGGUCGUGCAGUCGGUUGCAAACUUCGCGGGGCUCCGCCAGCUCUUGGUAGGGGAACUGCCGGAAGCGCAAGCGUGGAGCUUCGGAGCCGACAACGUCCUCGCCCAGAAAAGUCUGCAUGCUUCUUUCCCAGAAUCCACCUCUGCCCUCUACUACAGUGGCAUUUUUGGCUUCAGGGUCAGCCAAGCCUUGCUCUUCCAUUUUCACUCUGGGCUCCGAGGCAGCCUGCCAAAGAUUGCAGGGAUCCCCCUGCUCUUCUGCCAUAGCCUUCCACAAGGCAAGGAGCGCCUUCCGAUUACAGUGGAUCCCAAAUCCCACAAAGCCAGAGUGUUGGUCUAUGUAGCUGUUCUGUGCUUCAUUGUUUAUACCGUGUACCUCACUGGUAUUUGGUACCUCCUAGAAGAGCACGGCAGGCCCCUGGUGCUGCCGGAGAUUUCCUCGGGGCACCGGUUGAGGAUGGAAGAGCCGGGCUUGGCUGUAUCUUGCACAGGAAAAGCAUGUGAUGCCGUCGAGGCCAGGAGCAGUGGGGAAUUCUGGGGGAAGACGGUACGGAAGAUCCUGGGUGACCAGCCGAGCAGCUCAAAUGCCCGGCACUUGCAUUUCCGGCAUUUCCACUACCCAGAGGCCAGGGGCCCCCGAGAGGUUUGCAACCAGCUUCAUGACCUUUGCUGCCAGUGGCUGAAGCCAGAGCAACACAACAAAAAACAGAUCCUGGACCUGGUGAUCCUAGAGCAGUUCCUGUCCGUCCUGCCCCCGGAGAUGGAGGCAUGGAUCAGGGAGUGCGGGCCGGAGACCAGUUUCCAGGCGGUAGCCCUGGCGGAAGUCUUCCUCCUGAGCCAGGCAGAAGACAAGACUCAGGACCAGCUGGUACAGGGACCAUUUGCAGAACUGGCAAGUAAUUUCCCCGAAGUAGAAAAAGCUCCUUUGGACACCAGCCAAAAGUUAUUCUUCGAUGGGAUCAUGCAGGAGAGUGAUCGAGGGGCUUCCAUGCUUGGUAAAGAUCCAUGGGGUGACGGAAUGGCAUUAGCGAUGCAUAUAAGGUUGUCUCUUCUUUGUGAUGGAGAGGAGGCAACUGCUGUGCAGCCAGAUCAGGGCAUGUUGACCUUUGACCAGGUGGCUAUGCAUUUCACUGAUGGGGAGUGGGCCUUCCUCGCCGCAAACCAAAGAGCCCUGCACAGGCAGCUCAUGGAGCAAAACUGCCAGAACGUGGCCUCUCUGGAAGGACCUCUGAUUCGCAAUCUGGAUUUCAACUCCUGGCAGGAAGAAGGGGAAGCUCGAUUUUUUCAGGUCCCCAAGGAAGAAUCAUUAAGAAGCUGCAUGGGCUCUGUUAAUCCUUCCGGAUCUUACUGGCUUCCCUCAGAUGGAUGGAGUGAGGGACAAUUGCUCAGGGAUAUGUCGGGAAGAGGCAGGUCUGAAGAGGCGGAACAGCACAGAAUCAAAACAGAAAUAAAACAGGAAAGGGUGGAGGAGUCUUACAUUUCUCAGGGCGGCGGGGCCUGUGAAAUCCCGACCCAAGGAAAAAGAAACGCGGGGAAGGAAAUCAGUCAGUGCCCUGUGUGCCAGAAAAUCUUCCGUUGGAAGUCAAGCCUUUAUGCGCACUGGAGAAUCCAUAAGGAGGAAAAACCAUUUCAGUGCUCAGAGUGUGGGAAGAGCUUUUGCCAGAAGGCGAACCUUAUUCGACACCUCGGCGUACACACCGGAGAGAAACCAUUCCAGUGCUCAGAAUGUAGCAAGAGGUUUGGCCAAAGGGAUAAACUGCUUAGGCAUCAAGGAAUCCACACAGGGAAGAAACCGUAUUCGUGCUUACAGUGUGGAAGACAUUUCAGAGACAAAACUGAUUUUACUACCCAUCAGAGGGUCCACACAGGGGAGAACCCCUACAAGUGCUUAGAGUGUGGGAAGAGCUUCUGUAAGAACUCGGACCUUACAAGGCACAAAAGAAUCCACAUAGAAGAGAAACCCUAUCAGUGCUCGGACUGCAGCACAGAUUUUUAUUACAAACCAAGCCUUAAAGAUCACGAGAGACUGCAUGCAGGAGAGGAGCCAUAUAAAUGCUCAGAGUGUGGAGAGAACUUCAGUAAGAACUCAGACCUUACUAGACAUGCAAAAAUCCACGUGGGAGAAAAACCCCAUCAGUGCUCAGACUGUAGCAUGGAUUUUUCUCAAGGGGGAAGCCUUAGAAGUCAUCAGAGAAUCCACACAGAGGAGAAGCCAUAUAAAUGCAUGGUGUGUGAAAAGAGUUUCGGUCAGAGGAUAAACCUUAAUUCACCCCAAAGAAUGCACGCUAGGCACAAUCUGGACCAAUGCGGGAUAGCAGUUGAAGUGUUGAAGCAGUUGUGCUACCGGGAAGCUGAGGGGCCCCGAGAGGUUUGCAGCCGCCUCCACCGCCUUUGCCAUCAGUGGCUGAAGCCAGAAAGGCACAGCAAGAAGGAGAUGCUGGACCUGGUGAUCCUGGAGCAGUUCCUGGCCAUCCUGCCUCCAGAAAUGGCAAACUGGGUGUGGGAAGCAUCUGCACAAGCAGACACUGGUUUCUUGGAGGCAAAGACAUCUCCAUGGGAUGCUAGACAAAGGCCGCUCUUGUGUAGAAUCACACAGGGUUGUGACAGUGGUACACCCUUGCAUGGUGUUGGAACAAAACCAGCCAAGCAUACCAGGUCGUCGCUUCCUAAUGACAGAGCAAAAUCCAUGUCUGUGCAGCUGGAUCAGGGCCUGCUGUCUUUCAAGGAGGUGGCCGUGGAGUUCACUGAAGAGGAAUGGGCGCUGCUGGAUCUGGGACAGAGAGCCGUGUACAUCGAAGUCAUGCUGGAGACCUGUGGGAGCGUGGCCACCCUAGGGGAUGAAGGGAAGACCAAAAAGGAAGAGCAGGCCCCCGUGGCAUCGCUGGAAGGAGUCAGAUGUAAAGAAGAAGAUCUGCGAGGAAGGGAAACAGAAGCAAAACCACAGAAGUGGAAGAAAUCCGGUGCAGGUCAAGGCAUCAACGGCCAUGAAAUCUCACCUCGAAGCCGGUUAGGCCAAGCGAGGGAAAAGAGUCAAUGCCCAGUGUGUGGGAAAAACUUCAAUUUUAAAUCCAGCCUGAAUGCUCAUUGGAGAAUGCACAAGGUCGAUAAACCCUUUGAAUGCCCAGAGUGUGGGAAGCGCUUAAGCACCACCGCCAGCUUCAAGACCCAUCAAAGAAUCCACACGGGGGAGAGGCCGUUUAAAUGCUCAGUAUGCGGAAAGACCUUCAGCCAGAGCUCCGCUCUCACUUCCCAUCUGAGAACCCACACAGGAGAGAAGCCGUACAGCUGCUCGGAGUGCGGAAAGAGCUUCAGCCAGAGCUCGGCUCUGACUUCCCACCAAAGAAUCCACACUGGGGAGAAACCAUAUCCAUGCCCGGAGUGCGGGAAGAGCUUCAGUAAGACGACCGACCUUACGAGGCACCAAAGAAUCCACACGGGGGAGAAGCCAUAUAAGUGUUCAGAGUGUGCCAUGAGUUUUUCCCAAGGGGGUAGCCUCAAAUAUCAUCAAAGGCUGCAUCUGGAGGAAGAGCCCUAUAAGUGUUUGGAGUGUGGGAGGAGCUUCAGUAAGAGUACAGACCUCACCAGACACCAGAGAAUCCACAUGGGUGAGAAACCAUUUAAAUGUUCCGUCUGCAGCAAGAGCUUCACUCAGCGCUCAGUCCUUAUCUCCCAUCAACGGAUCCACACAGGGGAGAAACCAUUUCCGUGCCUGGAGUGCGGGAAGAGCUUCAUUAAGAAUUCAGACCUGACAAGACAUCAAAGAAUCCACACGGGGGAGAAACCGUACAAGUGCUCUGAGUGUACCAUGAGUUUUUCUCAAGGAGGGAGCCUGAAAUAUCACCAGAGGCUGCACCUGGAGGAAGAAACCUAUAAGUGCUUGGAGUGUGGAAAGAGCUUUGGGCAGAGCGCAAGCCUAGCUUCUCAUCAGCGGAUUCACAUGGGGCUGCAGAAAUAUCUGGACGAUGAAAAGAACUUCCGGUGGGGCACGGACCCGAAUGGCUUGACAAUCGCACCAAGUAUGGAAAUAAUCAAACUUGAGAUUCUCUGA